AUGGAGAAGAUUCCCGUUAAAUUGUACGUGUAUGAUAUUUCAAGAGGUUUUGCAAAGCAGUUGUCGCCACUCCUGUUAGGUGAGUCUUUUAUCCAUCAGUGGAAAAGCUGUACAUACAUUAUUCUGAUCGAUCCGGCUGCAUGCUGAGUCAUUCGAAUGAGGGACUUCUCUUACAAAAUGGGAUAUUAUCUUAUCAAGAAGUUGAUGAUUAUCUAUCCUUAUUAUACCGACAGGGAAACGAAUUGAAGGAGUUUGGUAUGUAAAUUUAAAGUUUAGUUUCAUUUUAGUACCAAAAUUAGCAAAAUGUUUGAGCUAAAUAGUUCAGUGAAUAAUUAUAAUAUUGUUAGAGAACUGCACGCUCACUUCAACUGGAGACAAAAAAAGUUGUCACAUUAGUUACCUUUAACCAAUUUACUUGGUAUGUGUAGAAUUUGAAACCUCGUUCUUGGAAAGCUAGCUCUUAUAGAAUUAUUUAACAAAAUAUACAUUUCUUUAGAGACCAUCCUGGUCCUGCUGUCACAUGUGUGGACUGGUAUAAACAACAUAACUUGUAUAAGGGCUUCUGAUAUAACAGUAUGCAAAAUGUGCAAUUUUUCAAACCCCAUCCAAAUCAAUCACAAUUGUGUUUCAGUUAAAAAUCCAGUUCAAAGGCUCUGCAUGCAGAGCGUUUGAGACUUUUCUAACAUUCAGAUUCUGAAUGAAAUGGGGGUACUGGUACAGAGAAAAUUAAUUUCUGAUAUUGCUUGACAACAGACCCAUUUGGGGGAAUAAACUGAAGUCUUGAGUCCGCAUGAUACCCGUAUCAGAUUGAUUGUUCUAAAAUGUUGGUGCUUUUAUGUAAUCUUAUUUUAAUCAAUUAAUUAAAGGCACACUGGUAUAGUCUGCUUUGGCAGAGAGUACUUUUAUGGUGGAGGUGGCAUAGAGAGCUGUUUACCAGUAAGUUUGUUUUUAUAGUUAGAACUGUGUUUUGUGUUUUACCUUAAACUGCUUAACGAGCUCAGAAGCUAAGACAUGCCAUAACAAUACGGUAAUCAAAGUCUUAAGCUGCCGUACAUUGAUUGACUUAGUCAUGUUUUGGCAGGUGUAAGCCAUUAGCAGUGAUUUUGUUACAAAGCACAUAUUUAACAAAGACUACCAGGAAUAAGCAUCAUGUCACAACAGCCACAAGAACAGCCACAGAAAUCACACAAACAGUAUAUUCUACGAUGACAUCUUCAUGUCGAUCAAUUGAUCUUUGCAUCCUAUGGGGCGCAUACCACAAAUUAUUUGCGUCUUUGGGGAUUUUUUUGCAUCAGGGAUGCAGGACGCAGAGGUAACAAAAUCACUGCAUUAGCAUUGCCACUUGAUAAAUAUAGAUAUAAUUGAAAUGACUUAACAGCUAAAAAAAAAUAAAGUAUGCAGCUUUAUAUCUAGUGAAUGUGUAUACUUGUAUGUGAUGCCAGUUGGUAUACACUUAACUCAUUUGGUUUUUUUUUUUUUUAUUACUUUAAAGGGAGAACUUAACAAUUUUCAGUCAGUAAUGUAUAAUAAUUAACAUUAUAUAUAGAUACUGAUGAAAUACCAGGAUUUUUCCUGUUACUAAAAAAUCAUAUCUUCAUCGCACGCAGUGAAGGUACUAUUUUUAUCUUUCACUUGUGAGGAUAUUGGUGUCACCAUGGUUACUAACUUUUGGGAACAGAAAAUAUAAGUAUUAUUGUCUUUAUUAGCCUGCGAAUGGCAGACGUUUCCCCCCGCUCAUUGCCGCUGAGGGACGUUUCGUGUGAAGGAACGUCUGCGACUCAGCGACAGAAAUUCCAUACUGAUGAUAAAUCAAUGUUUGCUUAAUAAAUCUGGUAGUCAUGGGGUUCCAAAUGCAAAUUUGCUCCAUUUUACGUCUCUCCUAGCUAGCAAUAGCUAGAACAAUGAAACUACUCUGUCGACCAAUUAGCGCUUCUGACCAGAUUCCGGACAGAUUUUGCGUCAUCAGUAUGGAAUUUCUGUUACUGAGUCACAGACGUUCCUCCUCGCGAAACGUCCCUCAGCGUCGAUGAAUGAGGAGAAACGUCUGCUGUUCGCAGGCUAUGUCUUUAUUUCUCCUCUAUAACUUUAUAUCUAAGUUUCAUAACAUUUUUGUGACAGGCAUUUUGUGAUAGGUGGCCACUUUAAUUGCACUAUUUUGCUGUUUCGAAAAUGAAUAAAAAAAAGUUACGUUUUAUGUAGAAAUUUCAUCAGUAUCCAUAAAAGUAACAGAACUUACAUGGCCGCUUGGGGAUAUGAAUUUUAUCUUCUCGUGCUGACAGUAUCUCUCGCUCGUUCGCUUCGCUCACUCAUGAGAGAUACUUUCAGCACUCGAAGAUAAAAUUUCGUAUCCCUGCGCAGCCGUGUAAUAUCCUCUAUUUACACAUGUUUUGUUCUAGAUGCAGAGCUUGCGUUGUAUUCUUCAAUAGGCACUUGGAGGAACAUUAUAAACAAAGUGUUUUGGUUGUUCAACUAUUGCAUGUGGAAGAAAGUUAUCUAAUCAAUGAACUAAUAACACAAAGAAUUGUGAACUCCAUUAACAUUCUAAUAAUAUGAAAGCAUUUUGGCAAUAAAUUAGCUGGAAAUUUGACACUAAAUGAACUUGCUCAGCCUCUUCAAGUUCAAAACUACUGUUGUUCACGUUUGGUGAAUUUUGGGUGUGAGUUUGGCUAUAUACGGGGCUUCUGAUAUUUCGCGGAAAAAAAAGCAAAAUUUCGCGGGAUUUUCAGGGGCAAAUUCGCGGAAAAAUCGGCCGAUUUCGCGGGACUUUCGCGGGAAAAAAGUCAAAAUUCGCGGAAAAAUAGGCCGAUUUCGCAGGAUUUUCGCAGGACAAAAGUCAAAAUUCGCAGAAAAAUCGGCCGAUUUCGCGGGAGUUUAGCGGAAAAAAGUCAAAUUACGAAGGAUUUUCAGGGGCAAAUUCUAAGAAAAAUCGGCCGAUUUCACGGGAAAUUUCGGGGGGAAACUUCGCCAAGAAACAAUCAGUAAAAAACAGCCGAUUUCGCUGAAUUUUUGGGGGGCAAAUUUAGCUAAAAUCGAUCAAUUUUGCGUCGAUAUGACCAGCGUUUUUUAACGUUUUUUUAACAGGGAUAAUCAUUUCCUCUUUCCACAACAGUUCGCUCGAGAAAUGAGCGAAUGCUGAAGCUAUUAACAUUAUGGUUAGUACCCAGCUUUUCGCAACGUUCAUCUAAAACCGCCUGGUAGUUUUGGGACGUUGUUUACUCGUUGCAGUGACGAAUUGGACGAUUGGGGUGAAUAAAACAGGUCUAAUAGCCAAGGUAAGUAUUAAAUAUGUUUUGCCGACAUGUAUUUGGAAAUAUUUCUGGCGGAUUUCGCGGUAUUUCGCGUUUUUUUGGGAAUUUCGCGGGUCCGCGACCGCGCGAAAUAUCAGAAGCCCUGUAUAAUAUACAACAUUGAUUUGUCUGUUAGUAAAGAAUGGAAGUAAAAGAUCUUCCAUUUUGCUGACAUGGCUAAUAUGAUCCAUUAGUUAGCAAACAUUAUUGUAACUGCAUGUUAAUUUUUUGAGGGAGGAACUAUUCUUGGUAGUCCUGAUGAGGUGGUAGAUUUGGGAGACACUGAAAUCUUUCAAGAUGUUUUUGAAGAGUUCUUGAAUGGAAUUGGGCAACAGGAUUUUAGGUAAUUUGUUAAUCAAGUCUCAAUUUAAUAACAUGAACUGUUCUUUCCAGUCUUGUGAGAUAUAUGGAAUUAGCCACUUAUACCAUAAAAUCAAACUAUAAGCCCAACUCAAUGUACUUUUUUGUGAGGAUGUGAUAAACAGUAAAAAAAGUUGGUCCAGCAGUUUAUCAAGUUUACUACAGGACUGUUACUUGUUUCAAAGUUCAAAGAAUACAUGGAAUCCUUUUUCUGCGUAACAAUCUCGAAACCGAAAAAUUCAGCUUCAACCCGACCCUUAAUGUCUUAGACCUAAGAUCUUAGACCUAGAAUUUUGGUUGACACAAGCAUUACAACUUCACGCCGAUUUAAGUGUGUACCCCAAAUUUUGGGGUUAUCAAGUAUUCAUAUAUUCAGGCUAUUGUUCUUGCCAUUGUCGAUUACCUUCCGAAGAAUCCACGAGCGGAAUUCCUUUGAUUUAGGUGCGAUAUGUCUCUUUUGUUUCGAAUUUUGUUGCUUGAUUGACUUUUUAAUCCCCAUUGUUACCUGAUGAGUAUUAAAUUUAUCCAUUAAAAUACUCGGACUUGCCUGUUAAAUUUGCUGCGGUCUGUGGGAACGCUUACAAGUCUUUUAAGUGUGGCGGACAACUCUGGUUGCAUAACAUAUUUUCGGUCACGCACCGUAUUACAAACGAAACAAGCCUGAUAAAUUUGAAGUUGAUUAAAGCUUAUAAAUACCUAGUCUCCUAUGGUGUUUUUUUUAUUAAAUACUCCCUUGCCUUGAAAAUAAUUUGGCGUUUAAAGAAUUGCUGCGGAAGGUAUUUAUUAGAACGUUUUUUUCAUUCAGUAUUAUCAAAACCUGCGCUCUGCAAUCAAGAGCGAACAACUCUCUUCAACAUGUAAACAACGCAAGCGGUGAAUGCAUUUAACGGCAGCGCGUGACAGAGAUUUAUCAGCGCGUAAUUUCACUUUUUUGGACGUUUUCGCUUGCCUUUCAGUUUUUUUGUUUAAAAAAACCUUGCGUUUCAGUUACGUGACUGCAGGGCCCGAAAUAACCGCGUAUUGUCAGUUCACCGAUUUGCAUGACAACUUGAUUCGCGGAGCUAAUCGAGUGAGACAGGAAAUAUCUAAAACUGUAAUCGACAGAUCAAAACUUGCGGAAUUCAUAAUUCCUCGAAAUAAUUUCGUAGAAACGCUUGUAUAGUUUGAUUGCUCUGGAGAAAUGAAUAACUGUUAUGAUUGAAUGAAUGGACAACUCUCGGCCGGCCGGAUUUUAUUAAGCGAUAGGCGAGAAAAAAUGCUUCAGCGGCUUGCUUUGUACUUCGAAACCUCGGCAAGAAAAAAAAUCCAAUCUCGGUCCACAGUGGUCGAAAUUUCUCGUUCAAGAUCUCUUUUUGAAGCUCUCAAAACUCUCCUUUUUGAAAAAUACGUAGCCAAGUCGAAGAAGUUUUGCGAAAGACUUAAAUCCAUAAACUUUUACUGCGAUAUGUGCGAUAAUUCUCUGCAGUUUUAUUGACACAUUUAGAACAAAAGGAUACCUUUAAAACUUCGUGGCCCUGGGCAGCUUAAUUAAGCCAUUGUUCAAUUCCUUUGAAUUCGCUUCUGAGUCUUCCGCCAUAAAAUCUCACCUUCUUUGAACCGAGUCAAAACGAGCACUCCCGAAGGGAAAGUCCGGAGGAAUAAACUGAGCCUUCAGGGUACAAAAUCCAGCGGUUAUGCCCAUUUCUGAAAUACACACUUAAAUCGGCGUGAAGUUGUAAUGAAGGUGUCAAUUUGAAAGCUGUUAAAAUCUGGCAUGGCCUCAGGUCACUUAGUCUUAAACUUUCUUGAUUUGAAGCUUAUAGAGAUUGAAAAAAAAAAUUAAAACAAUGCCAAAAUACAUCUUAGUUAACAUGGCAGAUCAGCCACAGUAAUGUGUGAAACAGUGUUGCGGUUAACUAAUUUCCUUUUCAACCCGCAGACCUGAUUUUGCCAGUAAGGAAUUUUUCUACUUCCAUUUUCUAUCAGGGAAUGCAGGCUGAACCUUUGGUUUUUAGUUUUCCUGUGAUGGAAAUUUUUUUUGGGUAUUUUUUUUUUGUAAAAAAAUGCUGUUAAAAAGUGUAACCACUGAUCCAUCUUAAAAUCCCCUUGAUAAUCAACAGACCAGAGAAGUACCACUUGUUUGAACACAACUGCAACACAUUCUCCGCUGAAGUUGCCAUGUUCUUAACAGGCAACAAAAUCCCUCAACACAUUCAGGAUCUUCCAUCAGAAGUGCUCAACACGUAAGUUAAUUGUUUAUUUUCCCCUAAGCAUCAUGUCAAUAAGAGUUAAUAUAUAUUAUCUUUUUAAUAAUUACUUGAAAAAUUUUGGCAGCUAGUGUCAUAGGAAGUUCAAUUUCUAAUUUCUAGGGUCAAAAAAUAGUUAUCAGUAUUUAAAAUAAUUUAUGUUUAAGUUGAUAUCAGUUUUAUUUUGGAGCAAAUUUUUGUGUAUUAAAUAAAUCUUUAUAAUAAUUACAGUCAAGUAACAACAACAAGACUGAUUAAAACAAUAUGCAUACCAAUGGAGGCUCCAUUUUGUUUAUAUUUCAGUUCAUUUGGCCAGAUGAUAAGACCUAUUAUUGACUCCAUGUCUGUAAGACCGACUGCUGCAAGUGGAACAUCAUCAGUAUCACAUUCAAGCUCAGCAUCCUCAUCAUCAACAACAGGACCAGAAUCCAUAUUUGAACCAAGAGAUACUUCAUCAGCCAAUCAGACAGCAACAGGGAGGAGGGGUCAACCAGAUGGCUGGUCAGUCUGUUUUAAAUGAGCUUAUUUUGGAACCUCAAUAUAACGAAGGGCUAAGGGACUGGCAAAAUUGGCUCACAAAAAUGAACUUUCAUUAUGUUGGGGUUUGUUUCUUGUAUUUUACUAUUACUGGGGUGAAGAAUAUCGUUCAACAACAACAUUUUUCUACAAUGACAAUCCCUGACUUUUCUUGUGCUUUACAUUUUUCAGUGUGGUGCAAAAAGGUGAAGGGGAACGGAGAGAGAGAAUAAUACGAAUACUCCUACAUUUGUCCCUUCCUCUUAUUUCCCACCCCUUUCGAAGCGACGUGCCACAGAGAUUAGCUGUUGCUUUCAUUCUUACUUAUUCUUACUGGCACACAGGCCGCUAUUGUCGAUCCGUAAAGUUUAAUAAUGGAACUUUUUAUGAAAGCCUUUCUUGCUGGUCAGAUGUGUGUGUAAAAAUGUCCACUGUCUUUUAUACUAACCUAUGUCCUUGUUUAGUGUUCUAAUUUAAGAAAUUUUGUCUGGACAAAGAGGAUUCUCCUUCAUAGGCAGGUGUCUGGGUGUAGAAUAUUGUUCAUGAAAUUGAAAAAAAAGACGAUGUUGGCUUUUCGAGAGCAUGACUUGCUGAAAACAUAAAUAAAUGGGUUGAGGGGAUGGCUGUGAGGGAGGGGUUAAAAUUGUUGAUUCAGUUGGUCAGGGAAAUUUACAUUUUCAAGAAAACGUCCAUAGGGAAAGUCAGAGAGUUUCAGAAACCCCUGGCUGAGGCAACCAUGUGUUAAGAGGGAGUUGCCUAUAUCUGGAAUAAGCCUGAAUUCUUAGUUCUGUAUACAUGUUUUACUUUCUUAAACAAGGCGAACUUUUUUUUCAAUUGACAGUCAAAGCUCAGUGCUGAGAAAGGCCAACACAUACAACCAAGUUGAUGUAAGUCUGAAAAUUUAUAAAAUAAACCUUGGAAAUCAGUAUUUUCUUACGGCCUUGUAGUGUCUUGUGAAUUUAACGUUUUACAUUCCUUUAAAUCUUAUUUAGACGGCCUCAGAUGUAGCUCAGCUGAAAGACAUUCUUACAGACACAAAAGAAUUUUCAGAUGAGGAGUUAAGUCAUCUUGAUGAAUUAAAAGACUGCCUACAUAACAAAAACCUGAUAGGAGUACAAGAGAGGCAAAUUCAAAUUCUUGGUAAGUUCGGUUGUACUUUGCUUUAACACUGUGCCUUAUUUUUCUUAUAUUUUUGUCUCCCGUCACCUCCCUUGUUAGAUAAAAGUUACCUUCGUCGUGAAUUGCAGGGCCGUAGGAUUAGUGGGGGGCGAGUAGGCCCGUGCCCCCCCCCCCCCCACUUUUUUGGGGGAAUGGAAAAAAAAAGAAGACUGCAACUUUACCUUCGAAAAUACUGAUUUAAUAACACAACGCAAUAAUUCCCGUUCGAUUUUACAAAAUAUGUUGUUACGGCUAAUUUUUAAACCUCUCAAGUCCGUUUUAAUCCCUGUAAUGCUAGAAAAGCACAGAUGGAGGACAACCUGACGCACAUUUUUCCCGAACUAAACAAGACUAUAAAAGAUGUGUAUAUAUUUUGAAGCCUUGGACUUGCUAGUGAACGGGAUGUAGUCUAGAUUGAUUAGAUUGAUCAACCAGGUUAUAAAAUUCCUGGAGCGUAUUGUCCAUAUACGCACAUCCGGAAAAUGAUUUUUUUAUAUACACUGAUUUCCCGCAAGCAUUUUUAUCAUUAAACAAUGGUGACUGAUUUUUGAUUUCGCAUUAUAUGAUCUUAUAUUGGUGACUUUUGCCCGUCUGAAGGGUAAACGUCUCGCCCUUUAUAGCCAGCGAAUUACUACGCAGUAGAGACGAGAAGAGACGACUGUCAUAUAGGUUCUCUCGCCCUUUGUAAUUUCCUUGAUGGCGUCACUGUUUUACCUUUUUCCGCAAACACUGUACCUUAACGACAAUACUAGAUAUGGGUAAAAUUUAUUCUAACCAUUUGCAUUUUCUUUCGUAUUGAGUAAAAUUUCCUGUGGAUAACGCAGAAAAUGGCAUUUCCGAGCCCCUAAAUUUAAAACUUUUCUGGGGGGAGCAUGCCCCAGACGAUGAUCCCCCCUACUUUGGAGCGCCUUCGGCCUUCUAACUUUUUUUCCCUAACGUACACCUUCAAAAUCUCAAGCUACGCCCCUGAAAUCUAUACGAAUCUGGAAAACUUGCUUCUCACAACAGUUGCAGGAGGCGAUUUCUCAAGUGAGCAUUAUCAACCUGGAACUGUUAUGGUUCAGAUAUAAAAUUGGAACGUCUUGAAACGCAGCUUACUAUUUUGAAAAUACAUGCUCAAGAAAGUUCCAUAGCCUCUGUGUCAUCCAUAAUAGAAUUUCGUAAUGCAAAUGGACCUGCUUCAUUCAGUGAGACUGCAACAGGUUUAGUGAAACUGACAUUACUUAGGCCUGCCACAAAUGCUUUGAGAAAAAGGUCUUUCAGUGCCACAACAGUCGUGCCUACCCAUUUUCAAAUUCGUUCCUACAGGCCUGAUAUUGAAAGAUUUUAGUUACUCAAUCUGUUUGCCCGAUCAUCAUCAUCAUCAUCAUCAUCAUCGUCGUCGUCGUCGUCGUCAUCAUCAUCAUAGCUAUUCUUGUCAGAGGGCGCCUAAUUAUAAGGCCGCCACCUGCCCCUUGCAAUAGUUACCUGUCAUUCAUCGAGAACCUACUCUCCUCAGCAACGAUCAAACUGUUUGCUAAAAGGGAUGAUGAAAUGUCAGGCUUUAAUAGAAAAGUUUAUAUUGAUCCUUAAAUUGUUUUACAGAUAAGGUGGUUGACAAGUAUUUAACGCAAGAGAAGUAUUGCUCCGCUGUUCAGCUUAGUGUGAAAUUUCUUCAAGUGUUGUCAUUAAAUGAUCAGUUAUUUUCUGAUUCUAAAGGUGAGCUUUAAAUUUUGUGUACUGUUAAAAAAGACUUGAACACAAGGUACAACCUUAUAAUUAUACUCGCAUCACUACAUUUUCUGCUGGCAAAACAAGAUUUUUUUUAGUGAGUCUAGUGCCUAGACUAAAUAUCAUCAUGUUGCCAGUGUUCGACAUUUUUAAUUAUACUGAAGAGGGAAAAUAAAUGCAAAAACAUCGGACGUUAUCUUUAUUUAACUAAAGCUGGAUACUGUAAAUUCAAAAUUCAAUGCAUCACUGUGUAUUGUUUCAAACAGGUCUACAGGAAACUGUGAAUAUGACCUGCAGACAAUUUUCAGACAUAAAUUCCUCUUCAAGUCAAGUUGAAUGUGUGAAGCUGGUAAGUGACUUACGAAGUUCUGCUUGCCCAGCAGGCCAGCUACCAGAGAUGAUUUUGCUAAGUGAUUAUGUUCACUUCUGGAGAAUUUUAAAAAAGCAUGCUCGAGGUUUAUACUUGUACCUAUUUUGUUAUUACCUUAAAACAAGGAGAAAGCAUCAUAUUAGUAACUUCAAUUUGGCUUUUGCAAACAAACUUCAAUUUGCCAAUGAUCCUUUCUUUCUGUUCGGAAGUCAUUGACUAAUGUUUGAGUGCGAGAUAACUCCUAGUGGCUACAGUGGCUGUACGUUUUUGAUGGGGUCGUUACUGCCCUCUGAUUCACUUAGAUCUAAAGCGGACAUCUUAGCUCUGUAGAUGCAAUGUUAAAUGCGUCAUUUGUCUCAUCAGCACUGCCACUUAGAUACUGAGGAUGAACUAUUGUUAUAUUAGGCUCUUUUUAUUUUCAUUGCCAUUGCGUUAGCAGGACAAUUGUAUGAUCAUGACGUCUUUUUACCAAAACUACUAGAGUUCUUCAGUUUUUUGUUUUCUUGUGAAAAUUAUGGUUAUUGUUUUUCAAACCUCAGGUCAGGGUUUGACAAAUUUAAAAGCGAAAACGAAACGCAUUCUGGUAAUUGUAGUCAAAUGUCGUCAUCGUGAAGAUGGCCUCAGACUGAAACGUUUUUUCCAAUUCCCUUAUCAGUCAUAUUUUGUGUUGUAGUAUUGUUGUGUUACCAGCCAUCAGACAGGUCAUUCAGUCAUGUUUAAAGACACUCGCUUUACUCCCCUUGCUGCUGUCACUGUGAACUGCCUUCUGAGCAAAAAUGAAGAUCUCACUACCGUAGGCGCUGCAUUGGCUUCAAAUAUUGCUCGAUUUAAGGUAACUUGUAUGUUCUCAACCAUUCACAGUGCGCGAGAACACAUACUUUGACAAGACUUAUUCAGACACGUUAAAAAGACCCAUGAGAUUUUUCGUUUAUUGGUGACUUAUAGUCUUCCAGUAGCGUUAAUUUCUUCAUUGGAUUAUCAAAACGUUUGGAUUUGAAAUUUACACCAUCCUUUCAGAGGAUACAAAUAAUAAGAAAGUUUCUAAGCAUAACAAAAUUAGAGAAUGAAGGACAGCUAUCCUGCGAGCAAGCUCUCCUAUUUAAGCGAGCGAAGCGAGCCGCGCGAGAACGCGUGAGAACGCGCGAGCGAGCCGCGAGCGGCCGAGGGAAGGAGAGCCUCCAAUGAUCUCUCAUUAUAAAUUUUCAAUUGUUACUUCGCCCAGACGAAGGGAAAUACCAUUGGCUGAAAAAUGACGUUCCGGAAAUCAAAGUUGACUGAUAACAGGCAUAGCUGGCCUACUCUAAAUUUUCGCGGCAAAUGUAGAAACACGAUGCUGUUUUCGCCAAAACCCGUGUUAUGUCGGCGAUCGCUGAACUCACUCCGCAAAAGGAGACCGGCAGAGGAAGAAGAUCGCUUUCUCCUUCUAUGAGAGUUAACUGUCGUCUGUGUGUCAAAUUUGGUCCUCAGGGGGAUCAUACUGGAACCGAGAGCUCGUUUCAGCUCUCAAAACAGGCGGGUUCGUUUGAUGUACUUCUCGCAAAGCUGUACGUGUGAAAGUGUUGGAUUGCCAAUAGAAUAUUGCGAGCCGAGGAUAAGUCUGACUGAGUUUGUAGUUCUUGUGGAAGGAAAAUCAGAGCCCUUCAUCAGUUGUAUCCCCCAAAUGGAGAGCUUGCUCGCAGGCUAAAGACAGCAAGUCAUGGACCCACCAAAUGAAUGUCUUUAUCCCCUCUCGAGAACAGUAAACAAUUAUGAACAUACACUGUAGUGGUAAAUAAAUAUAUUGAUUUAUUCAGGUACACGAAGAAAUUGCCCUUGAGUGUUCGACAGCUGUUAUUGAAGUUUUGAGCAAGGAUUUGUCACCAGAAACAGGUCUGUCUUCCACACGGUAUUCUGCUCGCUUUUAAAGUGUCCUGCCCUGCAUGUGGGCUGUUGUGUUGAGAUCUCGCGCGGUUCCAACCCAUGGUAAUUCUGGGUGAGGAUCAGUGUAGCCUCCCACGUAGGCGUUUUUAGGGGAGCUAGGAUUAGAGAAGAAGAAGACUUUCUUUCCAAUUUGAAGUUUUAAAGUUCCGAAUACGUUCUCUGCCUACCAUAAGAAAGUUCAAACUUUCGAUUUCAUAAAAAAGAAAUCCGUCUAAGGCGGGCGGUUAUUCGGAGGAGGCGAUUAAUCGAGGGACGGCUAUUAUUCGAGGAAAUAUGGACAAAUGGCUAGUUAAUAUUAGAAAGUCUGUUUAUAAAUUAAUUUUUUCUUACCCUCAUAGGCGUCUAAAGGUCGUUUUCUUCUCAAGACGUGAACUCAUUUAUCUUUUGUUUCAUUGUUGUCAGGUCAUAACUGCCUUUACGCAUUGAGAAGAUUUAUAGACUGCAGUUCUGAGGUAGUGUAAUGUUCUUGUCUAAAUUCUGUCACAAAACUUUAAACACUUUGAUUUAAUUUGACGGGUUAGUUUGGCGCUGAUUUUUCUCGAUAAAGUUCAAGGCACACGCACUUUCUCAAAACGCCAACAUGCCAUCUGAUUACAGUUGAAACUCUACUGGCGAGACCAGCUCCCUUAAACUGCCUCCUUUCCAAUUCACAAUUUUUAUGUGAUUGCUUACCUUUUCUCUCUUAUUUAAUAUCCACAUUGUUUGUUUGUUAAGCCGUCAUUCAGCAUCAUUCGUAUCAUGCCCUAGUAGUAUCUACAGACUCAUCUGCAAAGCAGUAGCUUAACUUUUAAAGGCAGGAUCCGGUUACUUGGAUAAAUAUUUACAAAAUAAAACCCGAUUAUCGAUGCGACAGACAACUGCAAUAUUUUUUUGUUUGAUUCAGGUGGCAGGUCUUGCAAGUGUCUUGGGACUCAGUGUGGAGAAGUUUAAAGGAAGUAGUCCUGAAAUGGAUGAUCUUUGUAAAGACUUGGAGAAACUUCUCAGCUGACGAACACUCUUGGGCUCUCAUGAGUCAGUCAACAUAUGUUGAUUCAAAAGCUGCUGUUUGGAACACCAGACUUUUAUCAGAGCGGAUUACGGGUUAUUGGUUCAUGUAGACAAUUUGGAAGCCGAAGAAAUUUUUGGCAAAACUUCAUCUCUAAACUCGGUGCUGUAAAUUCCAAUGGAAACAAAGGGAUAUAUAACCCACAUACAAUCGCGAUGCAUUGAUUUACACGGCUCUGACAAACGGCUAGUGCUCGAGUCGCGGCCAGUUUUUGAAUCUCCUUUGGAAAAGAAAAUGUUAAUUUUUGUUUAUAAUGGAAGUCGUUGAGCGUUAGUGCUUUGACGUGUUUACAGGCAUUAAAAUCAAAUAACCACAAGCAAAUAAUUCAAGUAUAACGUAACAUGGUUUACGCUUCAAAACAGAAGGCAAACUGUUAGGUGACUGUUGGUCAUUUACAAACAUGGCCAAGAACUUGAAAUCGUUACGACCGCCAAACAAAUCCGCUCCUUCUCCCAGGUGAUUAUUACCUCAUAGAAGGUCUUACUGCAAAACGUUCUUCGUUAGUUUUUGCCCCAACAGAACGUGAAUAAAACUGAAAGGAACUGCAAAUAAAUGAACUCUUGGA